UCCUAUCAAACGUCAAACACCCUCAGAUCAGAUUUCUCUCUCUUCCAUUCCUCGACUCUCAAUCGAGUCGAUUCCACCUCCGUCCUCACAUCACUGCUACACACCCAUAGCCAUACCAUACUCCUCUCUCUCUAGAUCUCUCAAUCUCUCUCACUCUCCAGAAUUCCCCCAACGGAGGGUUCAACACUCCAACGGUUCCUCCGCCGCCUCAGAUCCCUCACGAGUCCCCUCUCAAUUGGCGGCUAAUCAUUUCAGAUACCGCGGAUCGGAGUUCUCAUUGACGGAGGCUCGAUCGCGCCGCCAUGGCCGCCGCCAAUGCUCCGAUCAGCAUGAAAGAGGCCCUGACGCUGCCUAGCGUAGGGAUCAACCCUCAGUUCAUCACCUUCACUCAUGUCACGAUGGAAUCGGAUAAGUAUAUGUGCGUUCGGGAAACCUCGCCGCAGAACAGUGUUGUGAUUAUCGAUAUGAGCAUGCCCAUGCAGCCGUUGAGGAGGCCUAUCACCGCUGAUUCGGCCCUUAUGAAUCCCAAUUCCAGGAUUCUAGCUCUAAAAGCUCAACUUCCGGGAACUACUCAGGAUCACUUGCAGAUAUUUAACAUUGAGAUGAAAGCAAAAAUGAAAUCACAUCAGAUGCCAGAGCAGGUUGCUUUUUGGAAGUGGAUUACUCCAAAGAUGUUGGGUCUUGUCACACAAACCUCUGUUUAUCAUUGGUCCAUUGAAGGUGAUUCUGAACCAGUAAAGGUGUUUGAUAGAACAGCUAAUUUGGCCAACAAUCAAAUAAUUAACUAUCGAUGUGAUCCUACGGAAAAGUGGUUGGUUUUGAUUGGAAUUGCUCCUGGCUCGACAGAGAGACCGCAACUCGUCAAAGGAAAUAUGCAACUGUUUUCCGUGGAUCAGCAGCGCAGUCAAGCACUUGAAGCACAUGCUGCUGCGUUUGCAUCGCUCAAAGUUCCGGGGAAUGAGAAUCCUUCUGUUCUCAUUUCUUUUGCAACAAAGACCAUUAAUGCUGGACAGAUUACGUCAAAGUUGCAUGUUAUUGAGCUUGGUGCCCAACCAGGAAAACCAUCUUUCUCAAAGAAGCAGGCAGAUCUUUUCUUUCCUCCAGAUUUUGCGGAUGACUUUCCGGUUGCCAUGCAGAUAUCCCACAAGUAUAGUUUGAUCUAUGUGAUCACCAAGCUGGGACUUCUUUUCGUCUAUGACCUGGAAACAGCUACUGCAGUAUACAGAAAUAGGAUAAGUCCAGAUCCCAUUUUUCUCACAGCUGAAGCUUCUUCAGUUGGAGGUUUCUAUGCCAUCAAUAGGCGAGGCCAGGUGUUACUUGCUACUGUGAAUGAAGCAACAAUUGUGCCUUUUGUCAGUGGCCAAUUGAACAAUCUGGAACUUGCUGUCAAUCUUGCCAAAAGAGGAAAUCUACCCGGUGCAGAGAAUUUGGUUGUUCAGCGUUUCCAAGAAUUGUUUGCUCAAACAAAGUACAAGGAGGCUGCUGAGCUUGCUGCUGAAUCUCCACAAGGCAUCCUUCGCACUCCUGAUACAGUUGCCAAGUUUCAGAGUGUUCCUGUACAAGCUGGGCAAACACCACCCUUGUUGCAGUACUUUGGUACUCUCUUAACUAGAGGGAAGCUUAAUGCAUUUGAGUCGCUGGAGUUAUCACGCCUUGUUGUGAAUCAGAACAAAAAGAAUCUUUUGGAGAAUUGGUUGGCUGAAGACAAGCUGGAAUGUAGUGAAGAGCUUGGAGACCUUGUCAAGACUGUGGACAAUGACCUCGCAUUGAAGAUAUAUAUAAAAGCCAGAGCAACUCCCAAAGUCGUUGCAGCUUUUGCUGAGCGGAGGGAGUUUGACAAAAUUCUGAUAUACUCCAAGCAGGUUGGAUAUACACCUGAUUAUUUGUUCCUCCUGCAAACAAUUCUCCGAUCAGAUCCCCAGGGAGCUGUUAAUUUUGCAUUAAUGAUGUCUCAAAUGGAGGGAGGUUGUCCAGUUGAUUACAACACAAUAACAGAUCUCUUUCUUCAGAGGAAUUUGAUCCGGGAGGCAACAGCAUUUUUGUUGGAUGUUCUGAAACCCAAUUUGCCAGAACAUGCUUUCCUUCAGACAAAGGUGUUGGAAAUCAACCUUGUUACAUUCCCCAAUGUGGCGGAUGCUAUUUUAGCAAAUGGGAUGUUUAGUCAUUAUGAUCGUCCUCGUAUUGGUCAACUUUGUGAGAAAGCUGGUCUUUAUGUGCGGGCUCUUCAGCACUACUCUGAACUGCCGGAUAUUAAACGUGUGAUUGUGAAUACUCAUGCAAUUGAGCCACAGUCUCUUGUGGAGUUCUUUGGGACUCUUUCUCGGGAGUGGGCUCUGGAGUGCAUGAAGGACCUUCUAUUGGUGAAUCUUAGAGGCAACCUUCAGAUUAUUGUGCAGGUUGCCAAGGAAUAUUCAGAUCAGUUGGGAGUUGAUGCAUGCAUAAAGCUUUUUGAGCAAUUCAAGUCAUAUGAAGGGUUGUACUUCUUCUUGGGGUCAUAUUUGAGCUCCAGUGAGGAUCCGGACAUCCACUUUAAGUACAUUGAGGCAGCUGCCAAGACGGGACAAAUCAAGGAGGUUGAACGUGUGACCAGAGAAUCAAACUUCUACGAUGCUGAGAAGACAAAGAACUUCUUGAUGGAAGCCAAGCUUCCUGAUGCACGACCACUUAUAAAUGUGUGUGAUCGUUUUGGAUUUGUUCCAGAUCUCACCCACUACCUUUAUUCAAACAACAUGCUCCGCUACAUUGAAGGAUAUGUUCAAAAGGUAAACCCAGGAAAUGCUCCUUUAGUUGUAGGGCAACUUUUGGAUGAUGAGUGUCCUGAGGAUUUUAUAAAAGGCCUAAUUCUAUCUGUCCGUUCGCUGCUUCCAGUUGAGCCACUGGUUGAGGAGUGCGAGAAAAGGAAUCGACUUCGAUUACUAACUCAAUUCUUAGAGCAUCUUGUGAGCGAGGGAAGCCAAGAUGUACAUGUCCACAAUGCCCUGGGUAAAAUCAUAAUAGACAGCAACAAUAAUCCAGAGCACUUUCUCACCACCAAUCCUUAUUAUGAUUCACGCGUUGUGGGAAAAUAUUGUGAGAAGCGUGAUCCCACCCUCGCCGUUGUUGCUUACCGCAGGGGGCAAUGUGAUGAUGAACUUAUCAACGUAACCAAUAAGAACUCAUUGUUUAAAUUACAAGCCAGGUAUGUGGUUGAAAGGAUGGAUGGUGAUUUGUGGGAGAAAGUUCUAACCCCUGAGAACGAAUUUAGAAGACAGCUCAUUGAUCAAGUUGUUUCAACUGCUUUGCCUGAAAGCAAGAGCCCAGAACAAGUUUCUGCAGCUGUUAAAGCUUUCAUGACUGCUGAUCUUCCUCAUGAAUUAAUUGAGCUUCUGGAAAAGAUUGUGCUGCAAAACUCUGCAUUCAGUGGAAACUUUAAUCUGCAAAACUUGCUCAUUUUGACAGCCAUUAAGGCUGAUCCGUCUAGAGUUAUGGAUUACAUUAAUAGACUGGAUAACUUUGACGGGCCUGCUGUUGGUGAAGUUGCAGUUGAAGCCCAAUUGUAUGAAGAAGCUUUUGCAAUCUUCAAGAAAUUUAAUUUGAAUGUCCAGGCAGUUAAUGUCUUACUGGAUAACAUACGAAGCAUUGAUCGGGCUGUUGAAUUUGCAUUCCGAGUUGAAGAAGAUGCUGUUUGGAGUCAGGUGGCUAAGGCUCAACUCAGGGAGGGAUUAGUGAGUGAGGCAAUUGAGUCAUUUAUUCGUGCAGAUGAUGCCACUCAAUUCCUAGAGGUUAUUCGUGCUGCUGAGGAUGCGGAUGUUUACCAUGACUUGGUAAAGUACCUUCUAAUGGUUAGAGAGAAGGCAAAGGAACCCAAGGUUGACAGUGAGCUCAUAUAUGCAUAUGCAAAGAUUGAUAGGCUAGGUGAGAUUGAGGAAUUUAUUCUCAUGCCUAAUGUCGCUAAUCUUCCAAGUGUUGGUGAUCGCUUGUAUGAUGAGGCGCUGUAUGAGGCUGCGAAGAUAAUAUUUGCUUUUACUUCUAACUGGGCCAAGUUGGCUUGCACACUCGUGAAGCUUAGGCAGUUCCAAGGUGCUGUUGAUGCUGCACGGAAAGCGAAUAGCUCAAAGACAUGGAAGGAAGUUUGCUUUGCUUGUGUUGAUGCCGAGGAGUUCCGCUUAGCUCAAAUAUGCGGUCUCAACAUUAUCAUACAGGUUGAUGACUUGGAGGAGGUUAGUGAAUAUUAUCAGAACAGAGGAUGCUUUAACGAGCUAAUAUCCCUUAUGGAGAGUGGAUUGGGAUUGGAACGUGCUCAUAUGGGCAUCUUUACGGAGUUGGGUGUCCUUUAUGCUAGAUAUCGAUAUGAGAAGCUUAUGGAACACAUCAAAUUGUUUUCAACUCGUCUCAACAUUCCCAAGCUCAUUCGAGCUUGCGAUGAACAGCAGCACUGGAAGGAACUCACGUACUUGUACAUUCAGUAUGAUGAGUUUGAUAAUGCUGCAACUACCAUCAUGAAUCACUCUCCAGAAGCUUGGGACCACAUGCAGUUCAAAGAUGUUGCAGUCAAAGUUGCUAACGUGGAGCUGUAUUACAAAGCUGUUCACUUCUACUUGGAAGAGCAUCCUGAUCUUAUAAAUGAUCUUCUUAAUGUGCUCGCACUUCGCGUGGAUCAUACACGUGUGGUUGACAUAAUGCGAAAGGCUGGUCACCUGCUUCUUGUGAAGCCAUACAUGGUUGCAGUUCAGAGCAAUAAUGUGACUGCAGUGAAUGAAGCUUUGAAUGAAAUUUAUGUUGAGGAAGAAGAUUACGACAGAUUACGAGAAUCUAUUGAUUUGCAUGAUAGCUUUGAUCAGAUUGGACUUGCCCAGAAGAUUGAGAAACAUGAGCUUCUAGAGAUGAGGCGUGUUGCUGCGUAUAUCUACAAAAAGGCAGGUAGAUGGAAGCAAUCCAUCGCCUUGUCAAAGAAAGAUAAUCUUUACAAAGAUGCCAUGGAAACUGCCUCACAAUCAGGAGACCGCGACCUUGCAGAGGAGUUGCUUGUUUACUUCAUUGACCAGGGAAAGAAGGAAUGCUUUGCAUCAUGCCUCUUUGUUUGCUAUGAUUUGAUACGCCCAGAUGUGGCUCUUGAACUUGCCUGGACAAAGAACAUGAUUGACUUUGCCUUCCCAUACUUGUUACAGUUUAUCCGGGAGUAUACGGGCAAGGUCGAUGAACUCAUUAAGGACAAACUAGAAGCUCUCAGUGAAGUUAAGGCUAAAGAGAAGGAAGAGAAGGAUAUAAUGGCACAACAGAAUAUGUAUGCUCAGUUGCUUCCUCUUGCCCUGCCUGCACCCCCCAUGCCAAGCAUGGGUAUGGGUGGUGGUUUUGCUCCACCACCACCCACCAUGGGGGGAAUGGGUAUGCCACCAAUGCCACCAUUUGGUAUGCCACCAAUGGGCUCCUACUGAUUUUGUGGGUGAUACAGUAGAUUAUUAACUGAUGACGGGUAAUUCAUUCAUGUGGAGGGGGAUGCUAGCAGUUUGGGUUUUCGGUUGUCCAUGGUUCCAUGUUUUUGCACCGUCGUGCUUUUCCCCCAAUUUGUUGUUGUUGAAAGCAGCUUCAAGGCAUUGAAGUUCGGUCUAGUUUGGAUAUAAUUUGAGGUUCUGUUUGUAGUUCGAGGUUUGGGUAGAUAUAUUCCUUUUGUAAUACUUUUUUUUGCCGGGUAGGAGGUAUUUUUUGGCAGCUGGCAAGCGGGAAGCUGAGGAUUCUUCGUAUUGUACUGAAAUGGUCGACAGAACGCAAUUUGGGACAUUUUAAACAAAUUUGCAGGGGUUGAUAAGACUGGUUUACUGUUUCUUUUUUCCGGUGUUAAUUAGCAACCUUUCCAAUGAAUAUCUUGUUUUGUUUAUUUCC